CUCCCGAGUGCAGUGCACGCGGGAACAUCAUCGCGUGGCGCACGUAACUAGCGCGUUUUAUGAUGCAAGAUUAUGUCGAUCCGGUUUUGUAUAAUCGCAAGUUAACGUCUUCGCCGUCGAUGUACGUUCGAAUAAAAGCUUGGCUACUCCUGGGAAAAGACGACGAAUCGCCGGAAUUAAUCAGAGGUUCCCUUAUAAACCAAAAGGUUGAAAAUGUACGCAUGCUAGAUAGAUAUUCCAAAACUCCAUCGCAGGGAACCUUGUACCUCACAGCAACCCAUCUCAUCUUCGUUGAUCCCGACGCUAAAAAGGAAACAUGGAUUUUACACAUGCACAUCGCGAGCUUAGAGAAGCUUCCGUUGACGACAACCGGCUCUCCCUUGCUAAUUCGAUGCAAAACAUUUCUAUCGGUAACAUUUGUUAUACCAAAAGAAAGAGACUGCCACGACAUUUACACCACCUUACAACAAUUAUCACAACCUAGUAACGUCGAGGACCUCUACUGUUUCCAGUACACCGCUAGCUUCGAGGACAUACCGAAAACUUCCGGAUGGAAUAUGUUCGACUUGAGAUCGGAGUAUAAAAGAAUGGGCGUUCCUAACGAUCACUGGUGCUUAACUAUGCUAAAUAAGGACUACGAGCUCUGUGAUACGUACCCGAAAUUCCUAUACGUGCCGUCGACUGCCAGCACAACAGUAUUGAUGGGUAGCUCUCGCUUUCGUUCCAAGGGACGGCUACCGGUAUUAUCAUAUUUGCAUCAUAACAAGGCCAGUAUCAGUCGUUGCAGCCAACCUCUUUCCGGCUUUAGCGCUAGGUGCUUAGAAGACGAACAGAUGUUGAAUCACGUGCUUAGGACUAAUCCGAACUCUAGCUUUAUGUAUGUGGUGGACACAAGGCCAAAGAUUAAUGCAAUCGCGAAUCGAGCAGCGGGAAAAGGGUACGAAAAUGAAGCCUUUUACGAAAACAUAAAGUUCCACUUUCUAGGAGUUGAAAAUAUACACGUCAUGCGUAAUAGCUUAAUAAAAAUUGUUGAAACAUGCGAGCAGAAGAACCCGACGAUGAACAGCUUUUUGAGCGGUCUAGAAUCGAGCGGGUGGUUGAAGCAUAUUAAAUCGAUUUUGGAAACGUCGUGGUUUAUAGCGCAGGCGCUCGAGGAUAAUAUUAGCGUCGUCGUGCACUGCUCGGACGGUUGGGACCGUACGGCGCAAGUGUGUUCGUUGGCCUCGCUUCUGCUCGAUCCGUAUUAUCGCACGAUAGAAGGAUUUCAGGCGUUGAUCGAAAAGGACUGGUUGGGUUUCGGGCACAAAUUUUCGGAACGAUGCGGACACGUGCAGAGCGACAAUAAGGAAGUUUCGCCCGUAUUUACUCAGUUAUUGGACGCGACGUGGCAGUUGAUGCAGCAAUUCCCCCUCACCUUCCAAUUUAACGAGCGCUUCUUACUGACAAUACAUGAUCACGUUAUGUCCUGCCAGUAUGGGACGUUCAUUGGUAACUGCGAGAAGGAUCGCUUGGAUUUGAGGUUAUCUGAGCGCACGUUUUCCUUGUGGGGUUACAUGUCGUACCACUUGAGCGAGUACAUAAACCCAGUGUAUGUCGAAGACGAAACUCCCGGAAUUUUAAUACCGAACUUGUGCCCGCAAAAUAUCAGAUUUUGGCGGGGUAUGUACUGUCGAUUUGAAAACGGCGUUCAUCCACGCGAACCCCUCGGAGAUUUGCUAUUGGCGACCUGCGACCACAGUCGCUCCCUAGAGGACCACAUUAAAUACUUAACAAAGAAAAUUUCUUCCGUCAAGUCCUUAAUAUUGAACGUGACCGAGAAGAAAAAAUCGAAGCACGAUGACACCAACCUACUAGACAAUAAAUAUCUGUAUGAGAAAAACGCACGUUUGGAGUCAUCCGAUGACAACCACCCCUUAAAAACUGAUCAUCUUGAAAAGGACAAGUCUUCUACGGAUACGAAAGGCGCACAAGAAGUUAUGAGUAGCUUAGACUCUGUCGCUCUCGAUUGGAAAACCUUGCGGAAUAUUAGCGAGUGCGGAUGUUCGGCGCCGUUCGAUCAUUUCAGUAGAAAGUAUCACUGUCGGAAAUGCGGAGAUGUCUUCUGCAUCCGGUGCAUCGACAAGCAAGUGAUAUUACCGGGACAUCUUACAUUAAGAGCGGUACCGGUUUGUAGACCGUGUUUCGAGAAGAUACAAGGUAGUUCGGUGGAGGCUGUCGAAUGAAAAGUGUUCAUUACGGUGCAUGUUUUUCCGACUUUUUUAUGUGGCUGAAGUCGAGGAACGGGGGUUCUAAAUAUGUAAAUAGCGUUUUAGUUCUUAUUAUAAGUACCCAAUAUUUUCUUAUAUGAACAAUUAUCUAGUCUAUAAUAAAUUUAAAUUUGAAGUUGA